UGUUAGAAAAUCUCCAGCCUAACUACUACUAGCUCGAGUUUGCAGGAGCCUCCCAGGCCUUCCCAACCUGAUUUCCCCCUCCUGCCGCCUUCCCUUUUGUGAGCGUUUCUUCCCCUUUUUGCUUGCAGCUAGUUCAGCUCUCCUGUAGGCUACAAUGUGUCAGUUGUUAUAAAAUCCGGGAGGCGGAGUCUAGUGACGAGGGCGGUGGGGGAGAGCUCAGCCAGCCCUGCAGGGUGAGCAGUCCAGCCCUGGGUCCAGCGGAGCUAAAACGCUACAGCCGGGAAAACUUCCACCUCCCUCUCCUGGUUUUGAUCCUCACCGUCCAGCAGACCCGAGGCGCCGAUCGACCGGAGGGAGGAUGAGAGAUGACCGGUCCUUUGGCAACCUGACCAUUUCCUUAGCAGAGCCUUCCAAAGCGAACCGGAGACUGGCCACACGACCCAGGAGGCGCCGCGCCUCUUGUGGAUGUGUGUGUAUGAGUGAGCAAGCGGGUGUGUGUGUGUGAGUGAGGGUGUGUGUGUGUAUGCGUGUGUGUGUGUGUGUGCGCGCGUGUGUGUAUGCGCGCGCUUGUGGUGUGGAUGGGUGUGUGCACAGCACAAUUGCGUGGAAGCGUGUCUGGGUGAGCGUGUGUGUGCACUCGUGAAUGUGUUUGUGUGUGUGUGUGUACGUGUGUGUGUGUGUUUGUGUGUGCUCUUGGCUGCUAUUAUUAUUAUUUUGGAAGAAAAAUCCUGGAAAUCUGGGGCAGGUUAUGGUACUCCCAGGGUGACUUCUUUUGCAAGAGGAGCUGACCAGAGCAAGCCACUAGAGCCAUUUCCCUGCCAGCAGAGAGCAUUUUCCUCCCAGAAGAAGGAUUUCAACCCCGGGGCUCUGUAGCCAAGUAAAAGAGAUUAGCCCUUGAAACCUGUGAAAUCGACCAUUGCUGUGUGAUUACCCAGGCUUGGGAGAGGACUUGGAGAGAGAAGGAGAAAUAGAUCAAACAGCCUGUCAGUUCUCUUUGCCACGUCGGAAGAUGUCAUCUCAAACUAAGUUCAAGAAAGACAAAGAGAUCAUUGCUGAAUAUGAAGCCCAAAUAAAAGAGAUCCGCACGCAGCUGGUGGAGCAGUUCAAAUGCCUGGAGCAGCAGUCCGAGUCGCGGCUGCAGCUGCUGCAAGACUUGCAGGAGUUCUUCCGCAGGAAAGCUGAGAUUGAGCUGGAGUAUUCCCGAAGCCUGGAGAAGCUGGCUGAGCGCUUCUCCUCCAAGAUUCGCAGCUCCCGGGAGCACCAGUUCAAGAAGGAUCAAUACCUCCUCUCGCCCGUGAACUGUUGGUAUCUGGUACUGCAUCAGACUCGGCGGGAGAGCCGAGACCAUGCCACCCUCAACGACAUCUUCAUGAACAAUGUCAUCGUCCGCCUCUCCCAGAUCAGUGAAGAUGUCAUCAGACUCUUCAAAAAGAGCAAAGAGAUUGGCCUGCAGAUGCAUGAGGAGCUGCUGAAGGUCACCAACGAGCUCUACACAGUCAUGAAAACCUACCACAUGUACCAUGCAGAGAGCAUCAGUGCAGAAAGCAAGCUGAAGGAGGCUGAGAAGCAGGAGGAGAAACAGUUUAACAAGUCAGGAGAGCUAAGCAUGAACCUGCUCCGGCACGAGGACAGACCCCAGCGCCGCAGCUCCGUGAAGAAGAUUGAGAAGAUGAAGGAGAAGAGGCAGGCCAAGUAUUCUGAGAACAAGCUCAAGUGCACGAAGGCCCGGAAUGAUUACCUGCUGAAUCUGGCAGCCACCAACGCAGCUAUCAGCAAAUACUACAUCCACGAUGUCUCUGAUCUCAUCGAUUGCUGUGAUUUGGGCUUUCACGCCAGCCUGGCCCGCACUUUUCGGACCUACCUCUCAGCAGAAUAUAACCUGGAGACCUCUCGCCAUGAGGGUCUGGACGUCAUAGAGAAUGCAGUGGACAACCUGGACUCCCGGAGUGACAAGCACACAGUCAUGGAUAUGUGCAGCCAGGUCUUUUGCCCUCCACUCAAGUUUGAGUUCCAGCCCCACAUGGGGGAUGAGGUCUGCCAGGUCAGUGCACAGCAGCCUGUCCAGACAGAGCUGCUCAUGCGGUACCACCAGCUGCAGUCCAGGCUGGCCACUCUCAAGAUUGAGAAUGAAGAGGUUCGGAAAACCCUGGAUGCCACCAUGCAGACCUUACAGGACAUGCUGACCGUGGAAGACUUCGAUGUCUCUGACGCCUUCCAACACAGCCGAUCUACAGAGUCCAUAAAGUCAGCUGCUUCUGAGACCUACAUGAGCAAAAUCAACAUCGCCAAAAGGAGAGCCAACCAGCAGGAAACAGAAAUGUUUUAUUUUACAAAAUUUAAAGAAUAUGUGAAUGGCAGUAACCUCAUCACCAAGCUGCAAGCCAAGCAUGACUUACUCAAGCAGACCCUGGGUGAAGGGGAGAGAGCAGAGUGCGGCACGACCAGCAGAAGAGAUGGAAGGCUUAGGCUGCCCCACUUUCCUUGGCUGAGCUGCCCCCCUGCUCCCCACUUUGUGCCCCACCCAGCAUUCCAAGGAAGAAGAAAUGCUCGAACCAGGAACCAGGAUUCAGGACAAGCUAUACCACUUGUAGUUGAGAGCUGUAUUCGAUUCAUCAAUUUAUAUGGACUCCAGCAGCAGGGGAUCUUCAGAGUUCCAGGGUCUCAGGUUGAAGUCAAUGACAUCAAGAAUUCCUUUGAGAGAGGUGAAGACCCCCUCGUGGAUGACCAAAAUGAGCGAGAUAUCAAUUCAGUUGCUGGUGUUUUAAAACUGUAUUUCCGAGGACUGGAAAACCCACUCUUUCCUAAGGAAAGGUUUCAAGAUUUGAUAUCUACUAUUAAACUGGAGAACCCAGCUGACAGGGUGCACCCAAUCCAGCAGAUCCUCAUCACCCUGCCCCGCGUGGUCAUUGUGGUCAUGAGAUACCUCUUUGCUUUCCUCAAUCACCUUUCCCAGUACAGUGAUGAGAACAUGAUGGAUCCCUACAACUUGGCCAUCUGCUUCGGGCCCACCCUCAUGCACAUCCCCGAUGGGCAGGACCCUGUAUCCUGCCAGGCGCAUGUCAAUGAAGUCAUCAAAACUAUCAUCAUCCACCAUGAAGCCAUUUUCCCCAGCCCUCGGGAGCUAGAGGGACCCGUGUACGAAAAAUGCAUGGCUGGAGGGGAAGAGUACUGUGACAGCCCACACAGUGAGCCGGGGACCAUUGAUGAAGUUGACCAUGACAAUGGCACGGAGCCUCACACCAGUGACGAAGAAGUGGAGCAGAUUGAGGCCAUCGCCAAGUUUGACUAUGUGGGGCGGUCCCCUCGUGAACUAUCCUUCAAAAAAGGGGCCUCACUACUCCUGUAUCACCGUGCCUCAGAGGACUGGUGGGAGGGCCGCCACAACGGUGUAGAUGGACUCAUCCCUCAUCAGUACAUAGUUGUACAGGACAUGGACGAUGCCUUCUCCGAUAGCCUGAGCCAAAAGGCUGACAGCGAGGCCAGCAGUGGGCCACUGCUGGAUGACAAGGCCUCUUCCAAGAAUGACCUCCAGUCCCCCACAGAGCACAUCUCUGAUUACGGCUUUGGGGGGGUGAUGGGCCGAGUGCGACUACGGUCCGACGGAGCAGCCAUCCCCAGGCGCCGAAGUGGGGGCGACACACACAGCCCACCCCGGGGCUUGGGUCCCAGCAUAGACACGCCACCCCGAGCUGCUGCCUGCCCCAGCAGCCCCCACAAAAUCCCCCUCAGCCGGGGACGGAUCGAGAGCCCUGAGAAGAGAAGGAUGGCGACUUUCGGGAGCGCUGGCAGUAUCAACUACCCUGACAAGAAGGCGCUGACAGAAGGGCUCUCCAUGAGGUCGACUUGCGGUUCCACGCGACACAGCAGCCUAGGGGACCACAAGUCCCUGGAGGCUGAGGCCCUGGCAGAAGACAUCGAGAAGACCAUGAGCACCGCUCUGCAUGAGUUGCGGGAACUUGAGAGACAGAACACUGUCAAGCAGGCACCAGAUGUGGUGCUGGACACCCUGGAGCCCCUGAAGAAUCCACCAGGCCCCAUCAGCUCAGAGCCCGCCAGCCCCCUGCACACCAUUGUCAUCCGAGACCCUGAUGCUGCUAUGCGCCGAAGCAGCAGCUCAUCGACGGAGAUGAUGACCACCUUCAAGCCAGCCCUGUCAGCUCGCCUGGCUGGUGCCCAGCUGCGUCCGCCCCCCAUGCGUCCGGUCAGACCUGUGGUUCAGCACCGAUCCAGCAGCAGCAGCAGCUCAGGUGUGGGCAGCCCGGCAGUGACACCCACGGAGAAGAUGUUCCCUAAUAGCUCCUCGGACAAGUCUGGCACCAUGUGACCUGCAGGACUGGUGACACUGCCAUGGCCCACUGCAGCACACCAAGGCCUAGGGUGGCCUUAGUGGCUUCCACUAGCUUCCCAGGGAUCUCCUGGCCUUGGAGGGCAGAUCCUGGAAGGUCAGCCUGGGAGGGUGUAUGUCUGUGGAGAGCAGAGGCCCAGGCGUUAGCUGCAACUCCCGCUCAGCCAUGUGAAUGCCACAGACCUCUUGUAGGCAAACAGACAUGCCAAGGAAUGCUGGAGCAAGAUCAGUCCCAAGGACAGUGUUUCCUAAGAUUGAGGCAGAUGCUUACCAGCUUCUCAUAUUGUCACUGGAAAAUUAUUCUCUCGAUAUUCUCUACAUACGUAUAUAUGUGUAUGUAUAUAAAUACAUGCAUAUAUACGCAUAUGUGUACGUAUGUGUCUGUAGGUGUGUGUAUAUAUAUAUAUUUAUGCAUCUAUAUACAUAUACUAGAGAGCUGGACAUACACACAUGCUAACUGUAUAUAGACGCUCCUUUUUUUUUUCUUUUUAUGAAACUUAGAUUUACCUCAGACCCAUGCCACCAAACAUCUCCCACUCUUACUUGGUGGGAUUUGCAGGGACUUCUCUGGGAGAACUUAGAGGCCCCACAGUAACUGCGAACGAAGCAAUAUACCACUAACCUGCAGAGACACAAAACCAGAAACAGUCUCCAGCUGUCUCCAGAAGUCGUGGCCUUCCAGAACAGUCUGUCUGCCCCUCAAGGAAGGGUGGGGCAGGCAGUACCCCCAAGCAGGCUGCCCCUAAAGGUGGGGAACCCUUCAUAGAAAACCCUUCACCCACCCCCCUAGAGACCCUGCCCUGUCACCCGGAGGCCAAAGGUCAACUGUACCCCCAGAAGGCACAGGGGAAGUUGGUGUGAAGACCCUUGAGUUUGUAUACUGACUCAGGAUGGUGAGAUGCUGUGGUUGGGGGUGUGGGGGAGAACAGGAGGAAACAAACAAAACCCAAAACAGUAGUAUGGAGUAGUUCAAACCUUACACGUGCUGUAGGGACAAAUCUGUGCUGACUGUACAAGUUUUACUUCUCUCAUCUUCAAAAUAUUUAAUGGUUUUUUUUUUCCUCCUCGUUCUACUGAUUAUGCUUUGUCAGAUUUGGAACUAAAUGGGCAAGGAGGCAUUCAGUCACAUCAUGUCUGUUUGAGAGCAGUCCACACUCUGUUCCCCGCUGGAGCCUCCAGUGCCCAGCCAUCCCUUGGCCUCCAUCCUAGGAGGACUGUGCUAGGAAGCACCGUAGGCUGGGAUGCUAUGAAAACGGCAGUGCUCCUCACCCUCCCUUCCCCUCCUCUUCUUCCAUUCCUUCUAAAGCAGUUAAUGUAGACAAACAUGGUGGUAGAAACAAGGUACGUGAUUCUGUAGUGUCACAGCAGCCUCCUGCAUGGCUCUUGUUUGAUUCCGUUUUACCUGCUUUUUUUGUUGUCUCCAUUUUCCAGAUAUUUCCAGAAUUGUUGGAUAAUGCACCACAGGCGAAUCAAAUCCUAGUGGGACCAUUUCUACUCUCCCUCUGCAUGCCAAACCAACCAAGGAUAUCUCCUUCUCCUCUUCCUCCUCCUCCUCCUCCUCCUCCUCCUCCUCCUCCUCCUCUUCUCUCUCUCUCUCUCUCUCUCUCUCUCUCUCUCUCACACACACACACACACACACACACACACACACACACACACACACACUGGCUGGUUCUCUGCCUACCUCCAAGUUUUACAAUCCACAAUCUGGAAUCUGUGUCACAGCCCCCACAGGAGCCCUGUGACCCAUAGCUACACCACUCCUGUCACCUACAGAUGCUUUGAAGUGCCAUCCUUGGCAUUUCUUCCCUUUGGGUUUACUUCCACCAUUUCUUGGGUCCUCCAUUGAAAGGAAUCUUGACCGCUUCCCCAGGGAGGGACCUAGUGAGUCAUUGGUCCUUGAGUGUGGGGAGAAUCACCCAUUCUGCCUUGCCUGUACGAUCAGCACUGAGUACACUGUGGAAUCAAGAAUGGGCUCCAAAUGAGAAUGCCAGGAAGAUGCCCGAACCAUCAAGCCUCCCCUUCCCUCUCAACUCCUGCUGUGAUGGGCCCUCUGUUUUUUGAGCACAUAAAGAUAUCUCCAUUUUAUAGUUGAAGACAGUAAGGCCUGGGGGUGGGAGGACUGGGACCUGCACAAGAUAUGCCAGAUGGCCUAGUGGGCUGCAUUGGGCUCAGGAAGCCCUCAUUUCCAGGAAUCUGCUAUCUCUGCUAUGCAUCCGGGAGAUAAGACUUCUUUUUUGUAUCCCAGGGCUAUUUCCAGAUUUUUAAGUCCACUCACCUCCCAGGCAAAAAUGCAAUAUUCUCUGCCUGGAUACCAGAUAGAAGCAAAAUUGAGUUUACAAAUCUAUUACCGGACACACCUAUUGCCAGUUACGCUGUGCAGAUUUGUCUCUGGGUUGACUUAUUUCAUUUUCCUUACUGCCUCUCCCCCAAAUGUCCCAAGAGCAGAGCCUCAGCUGUUUUCCUUAAGCAUCUAUCUUUCCCCCAUUGGCAAGUGGCUGAUGAAUUCACAUUUAGGGAAGCACACACACAGAUGGCAGAUGAGUCCCCAGCUCUUCCAACCCCCAAUCUGAGCUUUGAUGCAGAACAAAUGGAAAAGCACUGUCCACCCCCAUCCCCAACACACUUCUUCAUCUGGUCCCCUUGCAUGUCUCAGCCACCCCCAGGUCCCAACUCAGCCCCAACUCAGUCCCAUCGGUGUCUAUCUAGUGUGAGCAUCUCCCUUCUGACUCCUGCCUGUUUUUAGUCCACUAUAUAUUGCUGUAUUUGUUAAAUGCUGGAAAGUAACUGUUAAAAUGUGAAACUGUAAUUUUUUAAAAUGAAGGCUACAAUUACAUUAUAGCCAUUGCCACUCACCAAAUCUUUGCACCUAGUAGAUAGAUCGAUGUAAAAACAAAUACCAGAAACCUAAUUGUACAGUGAUUGGGGUGGGGGGUGUAGUAACAUAGUUAGUAGUCCUCAAUAUAGCCAAGCGUACAAGGGGAAGUGGUGUCUACCAAUGUUCAUCACCAUUAUUGAGAGCUGUACUGAUCAGUUAGUUUAUAACGGGCAUUUAAAAAAUUUUAUUUUGGCUUCAUGGAAUGAUUUCUUAACCUCCAACUUACCCCGAGGUCAAGCCUUUUGUCUUUAUGUAUAACUAGUGUUCAGUCUGUUUUAGGAAUGAACCAGCAAGAUGUUCAUUUAAUUAAAACUGACCAAAGACAAUUAAUUCCUGGUCUAGUUUCCUGGGCACCGUGUGGCCCAGUUGCCACUAAAGACCUUUCUCCGAUCAAUUUGAGAACAAGCCGAGCUUCCAACCCGACUCACCCUCCCUGCCCUCCUUCUCUUUGUCCUCGUCGAGCUGCUCUGAGCUGUGGGAUCCUGUGAACAACUGUCGUCUUUCCUUCUCUUCAGUGCUAACUUCUCACCUUGAAGCGCCUUUUGAGCCCCCCCGGACAGAGCACACAACUGGAGGGAAUUGUGGGCGUGGGAAUUAAGACGAGGGAGUCUUUUCUCUGAAGUCACUAAACCAGGGAUCAGGAGGGAAACGGAUUCCUAAGGAACGGAAAGGUUUAUAUCCAAUGAAGAAAUCAAAUCGGAGCGGAAAGAGACACAGGGAAAUGGAGCCAUCCGUUGGCUACUGGCUGGAACCAGCAGUUCAGAGAUCUGCCUUAUAAACACUUUAGACUGGUGUGUGGUACGCAAGGGGAGCUGGUGGGAGAGAAGCCUGUCCAGAUGUUCCCUUCCUUGGCAUCUCCUAGAGUGCCUUGUUGGGUGCAUCCCUUUCUUAUUCAGGAGGCAUGGAUGCAGAGGACAUAUCGUGACUUGGUACUUGGUCAUCAUUGAGUGGCCAGCGCACAUACAUUUGGAACGAGUGCUGGAAAACUCUCCAAGGACUAACACAACAGCCCUCCCUCUCAGCCUUUCUGUUUCUAACUUCUCCUCUUCCAGAUGGUUCCACACUAGAGCAAAUGCCUCAUUCUUCCGAAAAACCCAGAAAGGGGUGGAGUGGGGUGUCAUUUCUAGCUGCGGUAGUGGGUCCUGUCGUACUGGGAGGAAAAGGUGUGACAGGGGAGGAAAAGGCAGAAAGGGGUGAACCAAGGCAUUGCUUAGCUGAUUUUCUGCUGUGCAGAGCUAAGGCUGACAGUUCGUGUUCACUUCCCUGUGGUUCUCUGGGGUCUCUUCUCCACUGAGAUGAAUUCCAAGUGGAGAAUUCCACAUACUCCAAGCUACCCAUGGGAACUGCCAGAAGGGACUUCACUGUCAGUCCGAGACCUCCUGACCUCUUAAAGUUGAUCUGCCAGCAUACUGUUGUCCCAUCCUUUGGGACUGGCCAAAUGGCUAUUGCAGUCCUUUGCUGACAACUCCUUUCUGUGCAAACUGUCCCAGGCAAAUCACAAAGCUGUUCCUUGAAGUGGAACCACCAGAUUGCACUUUCCUUCCCUGAUGGAUGUGGGUCGAGGCUAGCUCUGCUGCCCAGGCCCUCGUUCCAGGCAGUGUGACUGUUUACAUGGUUUGGCAAUAGGUUUGCUUCUGAUUGCUUCAGAGUGGCUGGUCUGUUUUGUUUGCUUUGCUUUCUUUCUUCCCCCAAAUUAUGACAGGAAAAACAAACUGAAACCACCCUAGGAAAUUGCUGGUUGCCUGUCCCCAUGUGAUGCUAACUGUUGCCCUCUUCUGGGUAUCAUUUCUCUACCUUAUGACCAAAAUGCCCGUCCUAUAGAGUGUCUGAUUGGAUCCUCUGUUGCGUAUUCUGAUGGUGCCUGCUGGUUUGAUGUGGAGCUAUCCUGUGAAAUAAAACAGCUUAACUUUUUCUCAAA